AUGCACGUCCUGGUUGUGGUUUGUCAUCCCAAGCAGGAGUCUUUCACCCACGCUAUUACCGAUCAAGUUAUCAAGGGAGCCCAGAGCAAAGGUCAUACGGUCAAGGUCAUCGAUUUGUACCGAGAUGGUUUCAAUCCGAUCUUUACUCCACGCGACUGGGAGCAAUUCGAGGGUGUUACAAUGCCUGAGGAUGUGCUUGAGCACCAACGUUUCGUGGAAGAAUCAGACGCAAUUUUUCUCGUCUUCCCCAUCUGGUGGUACCAGAUGCCCGCCAUGAUGAAGGGAUGGCUGGACAGGGUUUGGUCAGCGGGCUGGUGCUACAAAUGGGAGCGCAAUCCUGAAGGCAGCUUGUUGAGCCACCGGCCUUGUACAGUCCUUGCUCUCGCUGGCGCGACUUCUCGACAACUCGAUAGAUGGGGCUAUGACAAGCAAAUUCACCAUCUCUGGCGAUAUGGUGUCUUCGGCUACUGCGGAUUUGAACCUCUGAGAAUCACUAUCUUUGACGACUGCUCUUACCCCGAAGGGGGGAAGCACGCUGAACAUCUGCAGGCAGCGUUUCGAGCAGGGCAGAAUAUUGGUCACGAUCCCGAAGCCCUUCCGGGAAUCAAACCGUUCUUAGACAGGGGCCUGACCAUCCGAGGAGAAAAAUACACUGGGGAGUGA